GAGGCGGCGCCAAGGACGUGCAGAGCCCUGCAGCUCCUCAAGACGCCCGGCGACUGCCAGACGCAGAGUCGCCUUGCGGUCUGCGUCCGUGCUGCUCUUCGCCGGGCACACCACCACUAGACGUGCGCAUGUCUUGCGGACGCCGGGCGCCGGGCCGCGAGGUAUAAAGAGAGCCACACCGAGCCUGCGACGAUGCAGCCACCACUCAAGCUCUUUACGAUGCAGCUCUGCACACUCCUGACCCUGGUCGUGAGCCUCGUGGCCGCCGCACAGCUGCCGCUGGUGCAGGCGCAGCGCAUCGGCGAUGUCGACGGCGACCGGGCGCUGCACGCUGGCCUGCCGCCGCACAUCUUCCAGCAGAUGGGCCAGUACAGCCCGCGCUACCUCGUCGGCCAUGACAGCCAGAUGGCGCCGCCCGGCUGCAAGGUCGACGUCGUCAGCACCCUCGAGCGCCACGGCGCCCGGCACUUCACCGACGGCGCGCUCAAGCGUGCAAAGGCGACCGUCACCAAGCUGCAGGCGUCGCUCAAGACGGCCCAGCGUGUGCCGCCCGAGAUGGCCUUCAUCCUCGACGCCCAGCUGCAGAAGGAGACGUCGUCGCUCGUGCCCUACGGCGCGCUGCAGGCCUGGUAUUCGGGCAAGACGGCCGCCGCCACGUACCCCGAGCUCGCACGCAGCACGCCCUUCGUUCGCGGCUCCGGCGACGUCGCCAGCGGCAACGACCGCGUGAUCCUCACGGCGCGCUACUGGCGCCUCGGCUUUGAGGGACACCCGUUCCCGACAGGCAACAUUUCCACUUCGGACCAGGUGCGCAACGCGCCGAACCUGCCGCAGACAGACCUCGACAUCUCCGAGCUCCCCGGCAAGAACAACACGCUCGACGUGAGCACGUGCACGGCGGAGAACAACCUCCCGGCCAGCCAAGGCGAGGACGGCGCGCAGGCGCGCUACGGCAACUCGACGGUGCUCCCGACGAUUGGCGCACGCCUGCAAGAGGUGCUGCAGCGGGCGGGCGCCGGCGCCGUGAACCUCACGUACACAGACGUGCUGAACAUCGGCAAUCUGUGCUCGUUCGAGACGCUCGGCCGCGCCAGCGUCGUCGACGGCCAGCUGCGCCUCGACGGCGGGCGCAUCAGUCCGUGGUGCGGCAUCUUCCGCGACAACGAGUGGAGCAUCUACGGCUACGCCAACGACGCCGGCAAGUACUACGGCGCCGGCUACGGCAACCCGUUCUUCAAGGCCCUCGGCGAGGGCUGGAUCCGCGAGCUGUUUGCGCGCUUCGAGUCACGUCUGCCAGCGCCGGGCGCCAGCCUGAACUCGACGCUCGACGGCUCGUCCGCGACCUUCCCGGUGCCGGACCACACGCGCGUGUUCUUCGACGGCACGCACGACAACAACAUCGGUCCGAUUGCCGCCGCCUUUGGCCUCUUUGACGGGCCAAAGCUCUCGACGGACUUCCACGCCGAGCGUGCUCCGCACCGCUGGGUCUUCUCGCAGAUCGGCCCGCUGCAGGGCAAGAUCACCUUUGAGAAGCUCUCGUGCGCCGGCAGCCGCUCGCCGUACCUCCGCGUGCGCGCCAACGGCGCCGUGCAGAGCCCGCGCGGCGCCUCGUGGUGCCCGCGUCCGGACGCACGCGCCGCUCAGGGCCUCUGUGCCGUCGACGUCGUCCACAAGGCGCUCGCAUUCGUAAACUCAAACGAGGAGUGGGCCAAGUGCGACGCAUGAAAUGACGUUGCCUGCCAUCAGGCCGCGGCAGCUUGGAGCAGGGCAGCCACGCGCUCGUCGAUGUCGGCCGCCAUGUCGUAGCGGUUCAUCUCGGCAACCGUGAGCUUGUCCUUGCGGCCCGCAGGCUCGUUGGGCGCCAGGCUGCUGAAGCCGAUGCGCUCGUUGAGGUCCUCCAGGCUGACGAUGGGGUGAGCAAGGCGUGUUGAACGGGCCGCGCCUGCACUCACGCGCGAGCACUGGCAUCCUGAACUUUAGUGGCGCGAGGCUUGCGCACCUGCUCGUACAGCGCGAGGCCCUUGACAAUGUCAGUCGUGAGGCCGGCUUCGGCGUGCUUGCGCGAGAAGAUGAGGCCGAGCGCCGCGGCGUCCUCAAGUGCCUGGCACGC